AUGUUACCUUUAAAAUUAUUAAUAAUUUCUAUUAUUUGCGUACAAAAUACAUUUUGUCGAAAAAUCUUCUGUGAUUCUGACGAUGACAUUUGCCUUUCAAACGCAGCGAAUGAAAGGGUGUUCCCGAAGAUAAUAGAAGGGAUCCCUGGAGUUGAACCUUCGGAGCCGAUACAUUUACCUCGGUUCGAGAUAGUCCUGCCGAAUUUGAAGUAUUCGCUCCUGAACGCUACUAUGUCUGGAGUGAAAGAUUGCAGUAUAACGUUCAAAAAACACAUGAAGGAAUGUCAGUUCGAAUAUGAACCAUGCUGCCCUCGUUUGACUAUACAAUCUGAAUAUGAAGUCGAUGGCAAAGUCGAUGCAGUAUCGGUGCGAGGAAAAGGGACAUUCAAAAUCACUUACGAGGAAAUCUACAUCCAUAUCCUAGUAAAUCAAAAAAAAGAGAAAUUCCCGGACAACAAAGAUCAUUAUCGUAUUUUAGACCACACAAUGCAAUUAGACCUGCGAGGAAAUCACACAUACGAAUACAGCAACUUGAUAUUCAGCGAAAGUGGCAGAUGUGUGAAAUGUAAUCCAGCGGUGAGGGAGAAAUAUUUUGCUAGAUUUGAAGAAAUCACACGAGAUUCGCUUGUAGGGGCUUUUAUUGACAAACUCAUGGAAAAUAUUCGAGAUUUUCACGUAGCAAGGCCCGUUGACGAAUUAUAUUACAAGUAUGUUUAA